AGAACUUAGAAUUUCACCUCCCUCAGGCCUCAACCUUUCUUUCUGUGAAUCUAUAAAAUCUGUCAACUCUGCUCCACUGAAACCUCUCCCUCCCUCAUUUCUAUAGCUCUCUGAUUCUUGGAGAUUGAGAAAAUAGAUCAAAAGAAGCAUUAUUUUAGUGGAACUGCAUGUGCUCUAGCUAGAACAACACAAUAUACUCACUUUAGUUGUAUGAUAAUAAUCCCACCGUGCCUCCAUUAUAAUCUGAUACUCUCAUUCCGUCUCAUAUAUAAUCACUCCCUCUUCAUUUCUUAAGCCCUCUCCCUAUCUUCCCUUUCUCUUGAAUUUCCUAUCCAAUUUGAGGAUACUACUUAAUUUGGAGCUCACUAGUCAGUAACAUAAAAAUGGGUGAAGAAACUAAGCCGGAAGAAGCUAAGGUAGAGGAGGUUAAGUCCGAAGAGAAGGCAGAGGAGAAAGCAGUAGAAGAGAAGGCAGCAGAGGAGGAGAAGAAGGAAGAGCCAAAACCACCAGCUCCUUUUGUUCUGUAUGUGGACUUGCAUUGUGUUGGCUGUGCAAAGAAAAUUGAGAGGUCUAUCAUGAAAAUUAGAGGGGUGGAAGGGGUUGUGGUAGACAUGGCUACGAAUGAAGUGACCAUAAAGGGAAUAGUGGAGCCUCAAGCAGUGUGCAACAAAAUCAUGAAAAGAACAAAGAGAAAGGCUAAAGUAUUGUCUCCAUUACCAGCUGCUGAGGGUGAACCUAUUCCAGAAGUUGUUGCUUCUCAGGUCAGUGAACUAACAACUGUGGAACUCCAAGUUAAUAUGCACUGCGAGGCCUGUGCAGAACAACUUAAGAAAAAGAUACUCAAAAUGAGAGGGGUACAAAAUGCUGUGACUGAUCAUAAUAGCGGGAAGGUGACCGUGACGGGGACAAUGGACGGAGACAAGCUAGUAGACUACGUUUACAGACGAACAAGAAAACAAGCCAAAAUCGUACCACAACCGGAGCCUGAACCGGAGAAGAAAGAAGAAGCUGCGGCGGAGAAGCCAGCGGAAGAAGCAAAGCCGGAAGAGCAGAAGGAAGAGAAUGCGGAGAAGAAAGAGGAGGAAAAGCCGGCAGAAGAGGCAAAGAAGGAAGAAGAAGGUGGCGCCGGCGGUGGAGAGAAGGAAGAGCAUAAUAACGACGUCGUUCAAGGCAUACCGGAGGAGGAAUUGAAGAGGAUGAUGCAGCACUAUUAUCAGCCACUUUACGUGUACGAGAGAAUCCCUCCGCCGCAGCUCUUUAGCGAUGAGAAUCCAAAUGCAUGUUGCAUUUCAUAACUACUUGCAUGCAAAAUUAAACGUUCAUUUCGUGAUGGGAAUCGUUUCAAAACAUGCAAGUUAAAAGUUGUUAUGUUAGUUGACGAAAAUUAAUCAUGUUAAUUAUAUGUAUAAAAAUGCAUGUAAGUUUUAUGAUUAUAUAUAUAGUAAGUGCCACCACUCGUGACGGGAAUUUUAGACAAGUUUAAGUGGGGAUGGUAUACGUUCAUGUCAAUUUUGGAUUAAUAUUUCAUCCAAAUUGACGUUUUAAUAAUACUGUUUCUAUAAAGAAAUGUGAUUCUAU